AUGAACUCAACAGUGCCCCGAUGGAAGUACCAUGUGUUCUUGAGCUUCAGGGGAGAAGACACCCGCAAUAGCUUCACAGGUCACUUACAUGCUGCUCUUGAACGAAGAGGUAUCAUAACUUUCAUAGAUGAUGAACUCAGGAAAGGAGAAGAUAUCUCCCAAGAACUCCUCCAAGCCAUUGAAGAAUCUCUUGUCUCCAUUGUUAUUCUUUCCCCAAACUAUGCAUCUUCUCGUUGGUGUUUGGCUGAACUCCAAAAGAUUCUUGAAUCCAAGCGAUCUUUGGGAAGAGAAGUGGUUCCGGUGUUCUUUAACAUAGAUCCAUCUCAUGUGAGACGUCUAAGAGGUGCCAUUGGAGAUGCCUUUAAAAGCCACAGGGAGAGAUUUGCUGACAAGGUCCAAGGAUGGAGAGAUGCUUUGCGUGAAGCUGCAAAUAUAUCUGGCUACGACUGCAACCACCGGCAUGAAGCAAAACUCAUUGAAGAAAUUACAGCAGAAGUAUGGGCAAAGGUACACCCUAAAUUACCAUAUUGUUGCAACAAUGAGCUCAUCGGCAUCGAAUCGAGAGUGGAAGAAGUGAAUUCACUUUUAAAGAUUGGAUUUUGUGAUGUUCGCUUAAUAGGAAUAUGGGGAAUGCCAGGUAUUGGAAAGACAACUCUUGCGAGAGUUGUCUAUGAUAGAAUUUUUCGCCAAUUUGACCUCAGUUGUUUUCUUGCUGAUGUGAAAGAAAGCUCUGAAGCCAAGGGCUUGGUUGCUUUGCAAAGGAAACUUCUCUCCAAACUCAAGAUAAAAGGCAUAGAAGUUGAUGAUUCACAUGAUGGAAAGAAUAUAAUAAGAAACCUGCUAUGCAACAAAAAAGUUCUAGUUGUCUUGGAUGAUAUAAAUGAAAUAAACCAACUAGAGGACCUUUGUAUAAGGCAGGGUUGGCUGGGUCCUGGGAGCAGAGCAAUUGUGACGACUAAAAAUAUGCAUGUAUUGAUAGAGCAUGGAGAAUUUGAAAUUUAUAAGGCUGAAUUGUUAAACAAUGAUGAGUCUCUACAGCUCUUUUGUGAGAAUGCUUUUAAAAGGGAUCAACCUCUAGAAGGUUAUUGGAAGUUGUGUGAAGACGUCAUCCACCAUGCUCAAGGCCUUCCUUUAACUCUUGAAGUGUUGGGUUCAUAUUUUUGUGGAAGAAGUGAACUUGAAUGGAAAGAAGGUUUGGAGAAAAUCAAGAAGUCUCCACCAAGCAAUAUUCUAAAGAGGCUUAGAAUCAGUUAUAAUGCAUUAAGUGAUACGGAGAAGAAAAUAUUUUUAGAUGUUGCUUGUUGUUUUAAAGGAAUGGUCAAAGACCAAGUGACAGAAAUAUUUGAAAUAUGUGGUGAUCUUUAUCCAACACUUGGAAUAAGAGAACUUGUUGAGAAAUGCUUGUUGACAGAAAAUCAUAGUAAUGAUGGUGCAUGUUAUCUGGGUAUGCACGAUAUCCUUCAAAAAAUGGGCAGAAGUAUUGUUAUAGAGGAAUCGCGUAAAGAUGUUGGCAGACGUAGCAGGCUAUGGUCGCUGGAAGAUAUUGAUCAUGUGAUGACAAAAAACAAAGGCACUGAUUUGGUUGAACUUAUACAUCUUCAAUCACCUAUGCCAUAUGAAGCGAAUUGGGACCCUGAAGCAUUCUCUAUGAUGCGGAGCCUCACAAUACUCAUCAUAUUAUGUGAUGUGUACCUUCCUCGAGGUCUCAAAUUUCUUCCCAGUUCAUUAAAAAUUCUUGAGUGGAAAGCUUAUCCUUUGAAUUCUUUGCCCUGUGUUGCCCAUCUUGAUGAACUUGUGCUCCUGAAAACGCAUCAUAGCAAGAUCAUACAACUUCGUUGGGGGAGAACACAAAUGUCAAAAAAGUUGAAGUUUAUUGAUUUAAGCUACUCAGAAGAAUUCACAAGAACGCCUGAUUUCUCGAUGCUGCCCAAUCUUGAGCAACUAAUUCUUAAAGGUUGCGUUAAACUUUCUGGAGUCCACCCAUCACUUGGACAACAUACCAAACUUGUUCUACUGGAUUUGAAAGAUUGCAAGAAUCUUAAAGCUCUUCCGAGUAGAAUGGAAAUGAAUUCACUAAAGACAUUGAUACUUUCUGGCUGCUUAAAACUUAAAAAGCUUCCAGAAUUUGGGAAAAAUAUGACCAACUUGUUGUCUCUUGAAGUGGAAAAUUGUGAAAACAUUGUUUGUCUUCCAUGUUCCACUUGUAAUUUGAAAUCCCUGAAAGUUCUCAAUAUGUUGGGUUGCUCAAAAUUUUCCUCAUUACCGCAAAAUAUUGAUGAAAAUGAGUGUUUAGAGGAGCUUGAUUUGAGUAGAACUGCUAUAAGAGAAAUACCUUUAUCGAUCGUUAGCCUUCAAAAUUUGAAGAUGCUAUAUUUGAAUGGAUGUAAUGGUCUAAGUUCAACAUCCAAUUCAUUAAUAAGGAGCUUGCUUUCCCCAGUUCGAAGGGCAUUUGGGUAUGGUAUUCGUGAAGCUCCCACUGGAUUGGUUUUUCCUUCUUUCAUCGCACGUCUAGCAUCACUGAAGAAGUUGAUUAUGAGAAGUUGCAAUCUCGAAGGGGGGUCAAUUCCAAAUGAUCUUGGCUGCUUACCAUCAUUGGAGGUCAUUGAUUUUAGUGGGAAUGAUUUUAGCAACCUACCUGAGGGCAGUUGUGUUCUUCCUCCCUCAUUCUCACGUCUUUCCUCAUUGAAGUCUUUGGGCUUAUCUUCUUGCAAUCUCCAUGAUGGGUCAAUUCCUGAGAAUCUUAAUUGCUUAUCAUCAUUGAAGCAACUUAAUCUACAUAACAAUGAAUUUACCCAUCUUCCUGCUGGUUGUGUUGCUAAUCUUUCACUUCUAUCUCAUCUUCAUUUGAGUUAUUGCCGAAAGCUCAAAUACUUGCCAGAUCUUCCGCCGAAUCUAAAGCAGAUAGACACAAUAGCUUGUCAUUCAAUGCAACCACUAUCUCUUUCAGAAUUUCUAUCAGUUUUGAUUACAACUACUAAUGAUUUUUCAAAAUCUUUUCCAUCAACGAUUUUGCAUAACAUGGAUUUCAAGGUUUGGUGGACGCUGGAGACUGACAUCCCAUCUUGGUUCCAUAGUCAAAAUGUGCAAUUUCUUCAUGAAGUUGAUGGUUUUCAAGAUAAUCAUGUUGUUCAAAUUUCCAAGAGAGAAAUCUCAUGUAAAGAUCUUGAUCAUUAUCAUCCCAAUGUGAUUGGUGGUUUUGUACCGUCUGAUUCCAUUGUGUCAAUAAAAGUAGACGUCUGUCAUCUUUGUGGUUCAAGUAUAAGGUGGGGAAUUUCUCUUUGCAUUGUUCUGCAAGAUCUAGACCUUCCUUUAUGUGGUGGAGAUGUGUUCUCUCGAAUUCUUCAGCUGACUUAUAAAGCUUCACAAGAUAAAUUCUUCAAAAAGGAAUUGUCAUGGACAAUUGCCAUGGGAAACAAUCCCAAUCAAAUGCUGAUGAUUCAUUUGCCUGGGAGUAAUUUCAGAGUAGUUGACUGUGGCCAGAUCGAAUUCAUCUUUUAUACGCAAAAAUAUAAGUGCACAAAGAAAGUACAAGGGUUUGGGAAAGUUGGUUUGCAAAGUCAGAGUAAAUUUGUGAUAAGCAAGUGUGGGUGGCGUGUGAUAAGCGAGGAAGAUGUCGAAGAAUGGCGCAGAUCAUCAGUGAACGUGCGUAGCACUAGUGGUAGUAGUGAAAUCCUUUCCGAGCAUUCUCUUUAUGCUUAUGGAAAGAGUACCUGUGAAGUUGAAGAAUUGGAAGAAGAAGAAGACAACAUUGUGAUUAAUGAGGAAGCCGAAAUAUUUUCUGCUAAACGAAGAAGAAUCGAAUGA